GCUAAGUGAAAAAACACUUGCAGCUUUAAUAAGUUACAAUGGAGAAGUACCGCGUCAACUGGUGUUAUUUCCCCUUUCGAAAACUCACCCGUAACUUUAGGAGGUGUUCUCCCUCUAAAAGAACUUUGAUUAUAGCGAUUCUGUGUUUGGUCAACUUGUUAUUUUUGGUUGUAAAAGUUGGGCAUUUAGAGCAACCCCGGAGCAGAAGGAGUAACGAGGAGCAGAAGCGCCACACCCGCGGCGAGCAUCACUUAGACGGUGAACUACCGGCCACUUCUGACCUGCAAACCCAAGCUAGUUUGGAGGUCCCGACCCUGUUCAAUGUGGUCUACGUAACGCUAAAGUUCAAGCGUCUUAAACCAGCAAAUAUUCGAGGUACAAUCCGACCAAAGCUGAGAAAGAAAGUGAGAAGAAAGACAGACGAUCCAACAAUUACGCAGCGCAACCGAUUCAGCGUGGAACGGGAAGCGGGCCAAGUAAACCGCAGCACUGGACUUAAGACAUCGAGGAACGGGGGAAGUCUUGUGGACUUCUUCUCAAAGUCUUACAACGAUGGAACAGACCCUCAUUUUAGUAGUAUUCGAAUUUACAGCGAAAUGGCACCUCCGUGGUUCAGCGCACAGGACGUGAAAAGCAUGCGCUUUCUUGGGGAUGCCAAAGUUUUGCGCAUAAAAGAAAUCCCUCGUCUGGACGCACCGUCCCACGUGAUAUUUGAGGGUGCAGACAUGGACCGUCUGUUCAGUCAGAAACACUUGAAUAGAAAUAAUAUAUGUGGAGGCCAGUGCGGAAUUAUCCACUGCUCGGUGGGAAACACGGAGGUAUUUGCUUUCCAUUUGGAUAGGGUGCUUGGCCUCAAUAGGACAAUACCUGCAGUAAGCAGGAAGUUUGGCUUUUUGAACGAGGGCCAGGCCUGCCAGGUGGUUCUAUGGGAUGUAUCGCUGUACCCCAAAGACCUUGCUGCAGGCCCAGCUACUGUGAGGAUGACAUGGAAGGAGUACCAGAACUCCCUGACACAGAGGUGUUGGCAAAAAAAUGUUAACCCAAAGUCCAACUCUGGAUGCUCUUCAAUUUAUCACAGUGAAUGGAGCAAAUUAGCUCUUUUUGACUUUUUGCUACAGAUUCACAGCCGUCUGGAUCCGAGCUGCUGCGGAUUCAGAUCAUGGCAGGAGGACGUGUGUGUUCAACCGGGCCGCCAUGAUGUGUGUAAGGACCAGGAAAACAUACAACUGGAAAACAUCGUGCACAGGGAACAUGACCUCAGGCACCUGGUCUUCACCAACAACAAAGGGUUCUUCGACCGCAAUGAGGACAAUCUAGACUUCAGGCUUCUGGAAGGAAUCAAGGAGCUGCCAGAGCAGGCUGUGUCUGUGUUGAGGAACAGGAAGCUGAGGGAAAAACUUCUCCAGUCGCUCUUUCUGGACCAGAUGUACUGGGAAAGUCAGGGCGGCCGACAGGGCAUCGACAAACUGAUCGAUGUGAUUGAGAGGCGAGCCAACAUCCUCCUCACUUACAUCAAUGCUCAUGGGAUCAAAGUUAUCCCGAUGAAUGAUUGAUUUAUAUUUUACUAAUGAAGGCAAUUUUUAAAUUGCAGAAAUCUUAUUUAAAAUAAUAAAAUCUGCACCUAAAUUUAAGUAAAUGUGAAAAAAUACAGGAAUAAUAAUUUGUUACAGAAGCUUUAAACUUGAUCUGUAUUGUCUUUAUCUUAUUCCAAAGUACAAGAGUCAGCAUUGUCAGACAAAACUCUUAGCAAUGGUAAAAACACAACCAUUUGUUAUGUGUUUUUGUAUCGUAGCUACACUGAUCCACCAGGAGCUAAAACCCUGUGUACUAAUUUUCCUCACAAAAGCAUAGAUGCAAACAGCUUGGCAAAGUCAUUGCUCAAUACUGUCAGCAAGGGCAGAAAAAUGAGUUAUGUGGAGGAAGAAUGGAAAACAGAAAGCAUCAGGCAGCUAAUUUUCAUGAAAGCAAUUGAGAAACUGGCUUGGGAAUCCUCUUGCACAAUAUUUCACACAGCGCUUUUCACUUUUCUGUAAGCCCUUUUAUCUUGUGUGAUUUUUUUACUUCAGUU